AUGGUGCUGCUGCUAGUGGAGAUGUCCGGCACCUAUAGAGAUCUCCGAGUUGAUUGUUCUGCGUCGUUCAGAGAUGAACGUCCAAAGGACAGGCUUCUUGGAGGGCUGCUAAGCCCUGAAUUCGACGAGGCUUCUUGCCUGAGCCGCUACCAGUCGGCACUGUACUGGAAGCAAUCAGACCACACCCCUUCUCCAUACCUCCUGCGGAAGCUUCGAAACUAUGAAUCCCUACACAGAAGAUGUGCCCCCAACACCGAGCUCUACAACAAGUCCAUAGAGCAGCUGAAGUCCAAUGCCAGCGCAGGGCCUUCGGAGUGCAACUACGUGGUGUGGCUGGAAUCCGGAGGCAUCGGCAACAGGGUCAUCAGUAUGGUCUCCACAUUCCUGUAUGCCCUCCUCAACGACAAGGUAUUCCUCCUCAAACUUCCUGAUGACUUCCAUGGCAUCUUCUGCGAGCCAUUCCCCGGGACCUCGUGGCUUCUAUCUUCAGACUUUCCUAUUCAAGACCUCGACGGGUUCGAUAUUAGUCAUCCUCAGAGUUACGGAGACAUGCUACGAACUAAGUUUGCUCUUCAAGCCCCAAAGAAGCAGGCUCGAUCAGAAAUAUACCUGUUGAUCUUCAGUGACGUACUGCUCACCACUACAUUCUCCACGUUCGGGUAUGUGGCGUAUGGCCUUCGACGUGUGAGGCCGUAG